UCCACGGGGUGGAUCGCGCGCGCCAGCAGUGUAUCAGCCGGGACCCCGGCUCAUCGUGAUCGCCUCUCGCCGGCCCGAGUUCGCAGCAGUGCUGGAGGCCCCGGGCCUGUGACCACAAAGAGGGAGCCGGGGGCCGGACGGGAGCGCGGCGGCGGCAGCUGAGGCCCAGGCCAGGCCCCCUCCGCUCAGCCUCCCGCCUGCCCGUCUGCGCCGCCCCCGCCGGCGGCCCCGCGCCCCUCCCCCAAGCGCCAGACUAGCGCGGUGCGGGGGCCGCGCGCGAAGACACGGGGGAGAAGUUGGAGCUGAGGCUGGAGUCGCUCUUGGGGACUGAGCCCGCUGUCUACCCGUGGCCACUGCCGGUCUACGUGGAAAGACUAUCUCCCAGUUGAACAGCGGAUGCCUGGGACUCGUUUCAUUGCUUUCAAAGUUCCUUUAAAAAAGAGUUUUGAAAAGAAUCUUGCUCCAGAAGAACGUUUCUCCCCCUUGGAUGUCUUGACAAAAUCCAAGGACAGAAUGAAGAACUUGGGCUGAUUAUUGACUUAACAAAUACUCGCCGCUAUUACAAGCCAGAGGACUUACCAGAAACUAUUCCUUAUUUAAAAAUUUGUACAAUUGGGCAUCAGGUGUCAGAUGACGACGCUAGUUUUAAAUUCCAGUGUGCUGUUAAUGGGUUUCUGAAAGAACAUAAAGAUAACGAAACCUUAAAAGCAAGUUGGGACAUUGCUCAUAAACAUGGCUCAAAAACAUUGUUUUGAGAAUAGAAAACAAACUGUUGGCCUUUAACACUCUGCGUGGUCUAGAAUCCUGUCUGCUUCUCUGCUACGUGGACUCCAGCUUGGUGCCUCUCCAACUUUAAUAUGGGUAUGCCUCUCUUGUGGAUCUUGUUAAAUGCAGGCUGUAACUCAGUAGUUCUGGGUGGGGCCUGGAUUCUGUGCUUCUAACGAGCUCCUAGGUGACGGUGACCCUGAGAGCAAGGGUCCAGCUCCUGCCUUUCUCCCUUCUUUCUGGAAGAGCAGGACGUCUGCCCCCCCGGGAGGAGAAAACAUCCGCAACGUGACUACUAGUAACCAGCUUCCCUCACAGGCAAGGGACCUUUACCACUGCUCCCUACCAUUUUGUCUGAGGCGCAGCAAGCCAAAACACUGACAUGCUGAGGUUUGCAGCAAAGAGGAGGUUUAUUCACAAGGCAGCCAAGCGAGGAAGUGACGUGACAAUAGGUCUCAAAUCCGCCUCCCCAAAGGCAAGGGGCUUGGGGUAUCUAGGGGAUAAACAAUAAAGAAGCAGGGCAGUAUGAGGCAUGGGGAGCAUGAGGAAAGGUGAUUGGAAAAAGGUGUGCUCAUCAUUGUUCUGAGCUGGCGUAACUAGGCUACGGGGCUCAGCACAUUCUCAGGCUGUAGUUUUCGGCCCUCUGAUGGCAGGAGGUCAAAAGGCACUGGCCCAGGUGGAAGAUCGGUGGUCCUCUCCAGUCUUAACCAGCUCAGCCUAACUAGACACAGCUGAUUGCAAGUUCCUGGACAAUACCCGGGGCAAACAUCUUAUUGCUUAUGCUACAUGCUAUUUGGAGGGCGUGCAAGUGUUCAAGCUACCUUGAGGAGUGAAGACAGGAUUUGACUAAUCCUUACACAUGGUUUCACCUCCAGAUGAGCAGAAGAGGCCUGUAGGCUGAAUCUGGCUCCUGGCACCUGGAAUUGGAGGCAGAUGGUUUAAAAACAGUCUCUCCCACCCUCUGUGUUAUCUUAGGUAGAUAGACUAUUGAACCUUCCUGUGCCUGUUUCUCCACCAGCAGCAUGGGGACACUCAGAGUCCCUCUCUUGGGGGCUGUUAUGGGGGUUCAGUGAGAUAUAGAUGCAUGCACAGGCACACGGGAGACACCCAGUGUGUGUUAGCUUCAUGCUUCCUUUUAUUAGGAGACCAGUAUUGUUAGAAGAUUUCUGGUUUGGACCACAAAUUAGAUAGGUGGUCAUUACUAUAGUUUAUGCAACAGCAAUUCACAUUACCAUUUGCAAAAAAGCAGUUGGUUGUCCAGUGGGGAUUAUAAACAUCCAUUUACCAUGAGCUACUGAACAGAUACUUUACACAGUAACUACUGCAAGUACUAUUUAAGAUCAAUUCUCUAUGUUGUCUUAAGCAGUUGUUAACCCCCAAUUUCGUGAAUAGUACCAAGUAAGUCACUUGAACAUCAGCUAGAGCAAUCUAUUUCACUUAGCAAGCCUAAAGCUAUAGUUCAAGAAUUUUAUUUACUGUUCUAUGACAAAAAUUACUCUCAACAGCUAUGCCCUGGAUAAGUAAUCAGCUAAAGCUAGUUUGACUGACCAAAUCUGAUUUAUUGAGUUAAUAAGCCAGUUGAUUUAGAAAGGUCUAAUGUAUAUUUCUCAUCCAUUCAGCAUUAAACUGUUUCCCAUGCCUAAAAUGUCUUUUUUCCCAUUCGUACAUAUCCAAAUUCCUACUUCUGUGCCAUAGGGCUUGGCUGAACUACAACUGCCUUUAGUGACACUUUUCUCACCUGCACAAUUGGAGAUAAUUUUAGUCUCCUCAAGACUGCCACGGGGUUACCUCUGUUGUGACACUUGACGAUUUGGUGGCAUAUUUUAUUUUAUUUUAUUUUAUUUUAUUUUAUUUUAUUUUAUUUUAAAUAGCCUUCCAUUACUCCGUGCACAUCAAACAGUAACUGCUUUCUCCUAGUAAAGGUGCAUAACAAUUUUCUGAACUCUUCUGCUCUGGGCAAGAUUCAUAAAUACACCAGGCAAACAUAGUGAAAGAGGAGACAGUACUUGUGUUAUAUUCAGUUGGGUCUUGAUACCUAAGUGUGACUCUUAACCAAGGAUUAUGCAGUAAUUAAGGACACAGGUUAAAGUUGUUUAGAGUGUGUCCUAAAGUCUCACUGGCAGAAUUUAAAUCUCUACUCUGGAAAUUGUAGACCUGAGACAAAUUACUUCCCUAAACUUCAUUUCCUACAUCUGAGAAAGAUAAUAGUAUCUACCUUGUAGUAGACUGAAUAGUACCAUUGCCCCCAAAUGUCCACCUUCUAAUCCCCAGAACCUGUGAAUGUCACCUUAAAUGGCAGAAGGGACUUUGCCAAUGGGAUGAAAGUAAGGGUUUUGAGAUGGGGAGAUUCCUCUGGACUACCUGGAUGGACCCAGAUGUAACCACUGGUGUUCUCGUAAGAGAGAGGCAGAGGGAGUUUUUACUCCAAAGAGAAUGUGAUGAUGAAGUUGGGCUUGGAUUGAUGUGGCCAGAAGUCAAGGAAUGCUGUCAAGGAAACAGAUUCUCCCUUAGAGCCUCUAGAAGGUGGAUGGACGGCCUUGUCAACUCCUGGUUCCAGCCCAGGGAAACUGGUUUUGGACCUCUGUCUUCCAGAACCAUAAGAGAAUGAGUGUGUUUUGUUUUACGCAAGCUCAUUGGUAGUAAUUUGUUACAGCAGCCAUAGGGAACUAAUGCGUACCUCAUAGGAACUAUUUCUCCAAUUAAAAUGUGUGACUGGAAACACACUUGGUGGCAUGUCUGACACACGGUAGGUAUGCUACCAUGGGUAGUUCUUGGAAACUAAAGCCUUGGUUUUUGAGGAAUCAUCAAAACCAGUACAAUGGUUGCCAUGUUUCUCCUUGUUCAUCCUGGUGACAAACCUGUAGAGAGAGCUCCAUCCUUUCCCACAGGACGCCCACCCCUAGUACUUACAGGGAAGAGGUUAUGUCUCACUUCAGGCACCUUCCUCUUUUCCUUUCUGCUUUUUUUUUUUCAUUAAUCUUCAUCCAACAGGCCUUUCUAAGUUUAAAAAAAAAAACACAAGACAAAACUAUUUCUCAAUGGAUUCAGAUACUACCCCAAGUUAAUAUUCCAACCAUGUUCUUGUUCUUCCGGGUCUCAUCACCAGAAAUUUCUGAGCUGAAAUCCUCUCCAGUUUCUAGGAUCAGUCACUUUCUAAUUUCUCCCUUCUCAAGUUCAGAGUCUUGUCAGUUUAGUCCCUUCCCUAACCACAACAUCUAUUAAGGUGACAUAGCAAAGUGAUGAAAGUCUCGACAGUCUGGUUUUCAUCCUGGGUUUCUGCCCGCUACUUACUGUGUGGCAUUAGACAAGCUAUUCAACCCCUCUGGGCCUCAGUUUCCCCCCAAAAAGGUGAAUAUUAUGAACAUUACCUACCUAUAGGGUUGCCAUUAUGAGGAUUAAGUGAGUUAAUAUUUGCUAAGAACUUAGAAUAUUACUUGUUAUAGUCUAAGCACUACAGUUGUGCUUGUUAAUAAUAAUAAAUGCAAUUCCAAGUGUAUAACUUACUCAACUUUCUUGUCAUAACUUUGAAAUGUUGGUCUAUCUGUUGGCCAGCGUUGCAGGUAAAUGAGUCGAGGCAUGGGCUGAGGCAUUGCUACCAGUGAGUGGUGUGUUCCCAGAACUAGGAACAGCCGUGUGAAAUAGGUAGUGGUUCUACUUGGAGACGGGGCAGACUGGAAAAUGACAGCCCUGGGAAGGAGGUGUGAUGUACAUAGGUUUGGUGUCAGAGCUGCUGCCUGCUGAAGCACCGAUGCCGGCCUAAGCCGUAAAUGGGGGGGGGCGGCUGGGGAAAACAGGGGCAGAAUGGAAAGGGAAAACAGGGGCAGAACGGAGAAAGAUAGCCUAGGGAGGAGGUGUGGUGUCCAUAGCUUCGGGGUCAGAGGUGCUGCCUGCUGCAGCACCGAUGACACCCGAAGCCGUAAAUGGGGUGCUGGGGAAAAGAGGGGCAGAAUGGAAAGGGAAAACAGGGACAGAACGGAAAACGAUAGCCUGGGAAGGAGGUGUGGUGUCCAUAGCUUCGGGGUCAGAGGUGCUGCCUGCUGCAGCACCGAUGACACCCGAAGCCGUAAAUGGGGUGCUGGGGAAAAGGGGGGCAGAAUGGAAAGGAAAAACAGGGGCAGAACGGAAAACGAAAGCCUGGGAAGGUGGUGUGGUGUCCAUAGCUUCGGGGUCAGAGGUGCUGCCUGCUGCAGCACCGAUGACACCCGAAACCGUAAAUGGGGUACUGGGGAAAAGAGGGGCAGAAUGGAAAGGGAUAACAGGGGCAGAACGGAAAACGAUAGCCUGGGAAGGAGGUGUGGUGUCCAUAGCUUCGGGGUCAGAGGUGCUGCCUGCUGCAGCACCGAUGACACCCGAAGCCGUGAAUGGGGUGCUGGGGAAAAGGGGGGCAGAAUGGAAAGGGACAACAGGGGCAGAACGGAAAACGAUAGCCUGGGAAGGAGGUGUGGUGUCCAUAGCUUCGGGGUCAGAGGUGCUGCCUGCUGCAGCACCGAUGACACCCGAAGCCGUAAAUGGGGUGCUGGGGAAAAGAGGGGCAGAAUGGAAAGGGAAAACAGGGGCAGAACGGAAAACGGUAGCCUGGGAAGGAGGUGUGGUGUCCAUAGCUUCGGGGUCAGAGGUGCUGCCUGCUGCAGCACCGAUGACACCCGAAGCCGUAAAUGGGGUGCUGGGGAAAAGAGGGGCAGAAUGGAAAGGGAAAACAGAGGCAGAACGGAAAACGAUAGCCUGGGAAGGAGGUGUGGUGUCCAUAGCUUUGGGGUGAGAUGGGCUGCCUGCGUGAUCUGAGAAGAGCGAGUGAAAGUGGGAGAGCUUCUCCCUAGCUGCUAACUCUUCUCAAGGUCUAGCACGCACUGAACACUGGCCGGCUCAGCCUGGGUGUUGACAUUGCAUUGUACGUGUCACAGAGCAAGGGCGGGCGGGUCAGGGGGUGGGCUGGGGGCCCCACACAAGCCCAGCCCCUGGAGAAACCCGGCCCGAGGGCAAAGAGCCCGACCCCUUCUGGACUUUCUAGCGGCUGGGACUUGUCGCUGUGGGUGGCAGGUGUUUGGCACCGGAUGGGCCACCAUGCGGAGACUGUUGGGGACUGUGGAAGCCGUCUCCUCCAGAGCUCACCCUGCCUGGGCACCGGCUCUGCAGACCCCUCAGCCCUGGGUAUGUAUCGGCCAGCCCUUCCCCGCAACGGGGUCCAGAGGCCAGAGCCUGCCCAGAGCUGAGUGGAGGAGGCACCCAGAGCUUGCCAGGCUGUGGCCCGCCUCCUCCGUGGACCUCCCCAGCUUGUCCGUGAGCCCUGGAGACAGGAGCGCCUUCUCCAGGGCUGCUGAUCUGCCAGCAUCACCAUGAGCCAGGUGGUGAAGGUUUCUGAGCAGGGGAUGCAGAGCCCUGACGCGACUGGAUGCUGCACCCCACGAUGUCCCUUCCUGGCAGGUAGGUUCUUUCUUCACUUGUUUUUCGAAAUUUGGUAAAAGAACAUUUAAACCUUCGACUGUUCUUCAGGGUAUACAGGUGGUAGUGGCUUAGCCGGGAUUCGAAGCAAGCCUGUGUGAUUCCAGAGCUCGUGCUCUGGACUCUGGUGCCUCCUUGUCAUAUAUGCUUCAUGUGUUACUUUUUCUUUUUUUUCUUGAAGUCCUUAUGAUACUUAGCCCUAAGUGCCAUACCUGUAAUGAACACAUACACUGCCCUGUAGGAGGUGUUCUUUUUGUUCAACGCGUGAAUUGGUCGUCCACCACACUGGGUUCUAAUCUCAGAAGAUAGGUCAGGGACCACCAGUUGUCAGCAUAGCACCAUCCCACAUUUCUAAUUGAGGCUUGCAGCCUAGAUUUUUCCCUUUGGUCUAGUUUGAAGGAUCCAGGUAUGUAAAGCUUAUAUUCUAGAUAAAUCAGGGGCUAUCCUGAAAGGAAUUCAUCAAUGAAUUAUUCUGUAUGGAUUAGAAGCCAGUUUCUCUGGCCUUCCUGGAGUAUAUCCAGUAAGGCAUCUCAUUCAUGUCUAGAAAGCAAAUAUAUCAUUUAUUGCAACUUCAGCAUGGAGCAAUGUAUUGGUUUAAAAUAAAGUACGAUCAACACAAUUUGGUCAUUGUGAAUAUGCCGGCUGGGUCCACUCUUUACUACACAUAUGUAACUCUAGAGCUUCUUACGCCCCAUAGAGGAGACAUACUCUUGUGUGUCUAAGACAAGGGAAACAUGUGUUUUUAUUCAGGAGCUGGAAGCUACAGCAUGACAGGAAAGAAUUGAAAAAUCCUGGUCUUGGUCUACACAUCACUUUACCUUGUUCGAAUCUUGUUUCUUGGCUUGCUUCAUUGGAGUGUUUUCUCUCUCCUGGGACUGACAUUGUGUGUUAUAUAUCAGGCAUGUAACAUGUAGAAGUUUCAGAACCCAGAAUCAUAUAGAUCAGUAAAAAUUGAUAUAUUUUUGUUUAUUUAAAAUCACACUGGGCAUAAUUCAUAUAUUCCAAAAGUAGUUUGACCCUCUGCUCAUGAGAUUCUUUUUAUGGUAUGUCAAAGCAAAUUUGGACUUCCAUCCCCAAUAAACUUUGAGGUUGGAGGACACAAAAGCUUUUGCUCAGACCUAAAUUCUGUCUGAAAAAAAAGGGUAACUAUUAUAAGCCCUUUCUAACCUCUCCAGGAGCAGAAAUGAUUUACAGCUAUGGCAUUGAACCCUAAUUUCUUGAUCUCAUUUGAGGAGAGUUCAGUAAGAAACAGUGUCUUGAUUUUUGUUUGUUGGUUCCCUGUUUUCUUGUCUUGCUUACCAACAAUCCACAUGAGUGAGUAUGGCAGCAGGCUGAGUGUUCCCUGGAGCUCAUUAAGUGAACGUUUUUUCCUAAAAUGACUUUUGUCUCCUUGUUUUCAGCCCCUCUUCUUUCCUCUGUCCUUUACUAUAACCAGGGCUCAGCAAAAGCUGACUGGCUUUGUGCAGACCCUACUUAGGGUAGUCUUUUCUUCAUUAUUUUAUUCAUGGCCCCUCCAUUUCAUUGUUUGCCUUCUCGAAAUGUGUUGAAAUCUUUCUGUGGUUGAUGACUUCCACAAUGUCUUGGCUUUUAUUGGUUGAUUAAUUUUGGUAUUUCUACAGUUUUAUUUAAACAUGGUUUCAGGAGGACCAGAAAGUAAAUAUAUUUCCUAGUCUGCCAUCUUGAGCUGAAAAUCCCUGUGGAUUUUAGCAUCCAAUGUUCCCAUGGGUAAAAAACCCAACCUUGGCAUUGAUAGAUGUACACUCAAGAUUUCAGCUUUUCUUGAGCAAUCACUAAGGAUUUAAUAUGCGAUCACUUCUAAUGGGAAAAUAAUAACUAUCUCAUGGCGUUGAUUUGAGGAUUAACUUAGAUAAUGGACAAGAAAAUGCUUUGUAAGGUUUUAAAAUCUGUAAAAAACGUUUUUUGUUAUUAUUUGAUUUGUUGCUAUUUCAACUUCAGCUGACAGUUGUUUGUGACCUUGCUUAUGUGAGAAAAUGCCUUCUGGUUUAUUGUUUUGAAAGCCAGAUUAUAUUUUUCAAUAGCUCAAUGGAAAUGGCAUCAUUUGUGAAGUUGAAGGGUGAAGGCAUAAAUGUUUCUUGACAUUUGAAUCAACUAUUGGUCUUCUGGGGCUUGUCCUUAUUCUCCUGCAGUCUCUAAUCAACAUGGCAUCCAGAGAGAUCCUGUUAAAACAUAAGUCAGAUCAUGUCACUCAAGUCUCUUCAAUGGCUUCUUCACAGGAAAAGCAAAGUCCUCAAAGUGCCUCCACAGCCCUAGAAAUCUGGGCCUCUGUUUCCUCUCUGACUGUUUCCUUCUCCUCUCCACUUUGCUCCCUCUGUUUUCCACACACUGACAUCCUUUCUGCUCCUUGGAUACUCCAAGCCCACUCUUGCCUCAUUGCCUUUCCAUCUGACUGUUCCCUCUGCUUGUACUAUUCACUUCCCAGAUAUGCACCUUGCUCCCUCUCACAACCUUAGGUUCCCUCGUAAAUUUUAUCUUCCCCAGAAAGCCCUCAGUGAUCACUUAGUUUCAGAUCGCAGCCUCCUCCUACCAGCUAACAAUCUCCAUCCCCCUUCCCUGCUUGCUGUUUUUCUCCAGCACUUACCUGAUAUACUAGUUAUUCUACCCAUUUAUUCAAUUUUUAUUUACGUAUUUACACUUAUGAUUUUAUAUCUGCUUCUUUACUUUUGUCUCUCCCCUCAGCUCAAGAGAGGCUGUAUUCAUCUGUGUUAAUCACUGCUUGUUUCCUGAACAUGCCUAGAAAACAUACUGAAGAAGGGUGCCUGAAAUUUGAAAGACUUUUAGAAAUUAAAACUCAAGUUAAAAAGUGAGUGACGGGCUUCCCUGGUGGCUCAGUGGUUGAGAGUCCGCCUGCCGAUGCAGGGGACACAGGUUUGUGCCCCGGUCCGGGAAGAUCCCACAUGCCGCGGAGCGGCUAGGCCCGUGAACCAUGGCCGCUGAUCCUGCGCGUCCGGAGCCUGUGCUCCACAACGGGAGAGGCCACAGCAGUGAGAGGCCCGUGUACCGCAAAAAAAGGAAAAGAAAGUGAGUGACAACUUAAAUGAUAUAUGGACUAUUUUGCUGACUUACAAGAGCAUGCAGAAUUAAAUAUGACCCAGUUGAAAUGUUAAUUUUAUUUUAAUGUGUAUAUUGGGGUGGAGUCUUAAAGGUGCCAGAAAACAAGCAUUCACCCAUCCUGUUUGGAACUGCAGCACACAGGCACCUUCAGUUACCAGUUCUGUUCAUUCCACAGAAUCAUCUUGGGAAAACAUAACUGUUUUUUAUGUACCUGGUAUAUAUCUUAAUUAGUUUGAAGAAUUUCCCAAAUACCUGUUAAUAUGUAGUUCUCCAAUUCCAAUCUUGCCACGUCCUGUACCAGUGACACAGCACAUAGGAGUUUUAUUUCUCUUUCUUUCUCUGGGUUGUUGAGAACCCAAUGAAAGAACAAUGGAAUGGCAUCAAAGAGAUCAGGGUUCUUGACUCAGAUUUGCCAUCAAAUAAUAGUGUCCUCUUGGGAAAAUUAUAGUUAUUCUAGGCCCCUUUCCUUUUCUUUACUUUGACAGAGCUGCACUAGAUGACCCCAAGUAACACUGCACUCUUUGCAGUAGUAGCUUAGAUGUUAUUGGUUUUCUGAAACAAAUGAAGACAGUGACACAGGAAGCUGUGCAACAUCUCUGUAACUAUGUUUUCUUAGAGUUGCCUCCAUUUUACAGAUGAUAAGAUGGCUGAGCACAGAAGUAGGUGUUUUGACCAGAGGUUCCAGAGUAGAUGGAACUGAACCACAAGUUUCCUUCAUUCCUGAAGCUCACUUAGCCAAAACAUAGGCUUCUGAAUAUUAAGUUGUAAAGCAUAUUAUCAGUACGCUUUAAAAGAAGCGGUUCUUCUAGGAUUUCUAAUUAAUAGCAGGCGGUUUUGAAAUUCUUAGAAGAUCAUCUAAUUUUGUGAGAUUUACACUCUAUUUUCCUGUCAAGCAAGUUGUAUUAGUGCCAGACAAUCACCUGAGCUUCUGGAUGCUUCUCUGAACCUCUUGAAUUUUUCUUCUUGCUAUCUGAAAUUCAUGCCAGAUAAGCCUUUUUGUAGAGAGCAUGUACAGACUCGUCUAUUUUCAUAUAAGAAAGCGAUGCAGUGAGCCAGGUCGGGGGUUAAGCCCUCAUUCUCAGAGUGGUGUUGAGCUCCUGGUGAAAUAUUAUCAUCAUUUCCUCAGAAUAGAAAAGCAGUUAUCUCAAGUUUUUAAUGCCAUUAACUAUUUAUACAUUUAUGUAUAAUACAUAUAUUUAUUGUACCUACGAGGUGUGCUCUCUUUGGGAAGUACAAAGCUAUUUGAGACGUAAGUUGUUCGUUUUUUUGUUUUCCCACAAAUACUGUGACCCUUUGAGCAGGAAGGUCUAUGUUUUACUAACAUCUAGAACAAGCAGCUAACACGGUGUCUAAGAUGUAGUCAAUAAAUAUGAAAUAGGUAAAUGAACACAUUUUUAAGGAAGGGCCAGGACAUGAACAAAUAGAAAAUUUUCAUUUUCAGUCACAAAGCCACAACAGACAUAAAAAUGAUACAGACAACAAGUGCUACGGUCAUUCAAAGAAGGCAUAGAAUUGAUACAACAAGGAUCUCCUCUAUGGCACAGGGAACUGUACUCAAUAUUUUGUAAUAACUUAUAAGGGAAAAGAAUCUGAAAACGGAAUCACUGUGCUGUACACCUGAAACAGACACGACAUUGUAAAUCAACUAUAUUUCAAUUAAAAACCAAACAAACAGACAACAGCAACAACAAAAAACCAGAGAGGUCAUAGAAGUUCUUAUGAGAUUCCAGAAGAGAAGAGAAGCCAAAUGAGGACGGGAGAGGAGGCUUUUGAAUCAGUUCAGAGGAGAAGUCACAGAGGAACUAGUCUUUGAUCUGAACUUGAGAUUAAGAUUAAGAUGAAUUAAUCUGAAUUAAUUAAGAUUGCAACACAGGGAUAUUACAGAUGAAGGUAAUCACAUAAACUUACUAUACUGAAACUUGCAGAGGUUAUGAGUAUUGUUCAAGAUCCCAAAGCAAGUGCAUUGUGGAAUCAGAAUUUUAAGUGAGGCCUAAUGAACUAAAAACAAAGAAACACAGAAACAAGCCCUUCCUGUGACACCACGUUGCCUUUGAAGUCGUUUUUUUUUUUGGCGGGUUGGCAGAAACUGGUUCCAGUGUUUCUUGCAGGAAUGACUGGCCAUAGGACUGGGCGUCGUAGCUUCCUGCCAGGCGGCCGAAGGUCGCAGGCAGGUGGGUCACUGGGACACACGCGGAGGGGCUCCUGCCCGGCUCCCUGGCUGCUCAGUGCCCCUGCCCCAGAGCGGGGGUGGGGGCCCCAAAGCAGCCUUGUCUGAGUCCCCUGCCACUAGAGAGAGUAUUGGCCCAACACUUGUAGAAAACGGGGACCUCGCUGGCAGUUCAGUGGAGGGACACAAAUAAAUCUUUGCCGACUUUCUGCUGAAGCUCACGAGGGUUCACUCCUAAGCCUCUUACAAGGUCAGCUGCCGAGGCUGCGAGAGAUGAGUCAGGGCUCGCCCUCCACCACGGAGAGAUCGCUGGUUAAAGCGCUCACGAGGGAGUGAACCGCGUGUCCGCACCGACACGCAUGGGCAGACCUCGCCGAUGCCUUCUGUUCGGGGUAUGAAGCCCUCUCCUGCCUCUUCCAGGCUCUCUAGAAAGCAUGUGCAGAGCCUCCCACCCCACCCUCGGACUCCGCGGGCCACAGCUGGAGGGACCAGCCAAGGAACCGUGGCAGGAAGAGGCCAGAGGUCAGCGGGCCUCGGCCGGAGCCCGUCAGUCGGUCCCCAUUCACACACCGCCAGACGAUCCUCUUGACCUGGGCAGUAGCCGCCAACCGACCGCUGAGCCACGCAAUGCGGUGAAGCCCUGACGCUCGCUGCCGCGUCGAUACACCCUGAGAACACGAUGCUCAGCGAGAGAAGUCAUACACAGAAGGACACACAGGGCGUGACCCCACUGAGGAGAAACGUCCAGAGCAGGCAGCUCUUGAGCACAUGUAUUUAACAUGCAGGGAACCAGCCCUGACUCCUUGAUCUGGGUCUUCCAGCCUCUAGAGCCUCGAGGACAUCCAUUUCCGUUGUUUACGCGCCCAGUGCCUGGGGUUUGAUGAUGGAAGCUGACACCGAGGGCGUCACCACGUGCGGGGUGAUGUCAGUGAAAGAAUCCCAUGGCGAGGGCCUGCCUGAGGACCACGCACGCCCAGGCCCUCCCCGCCCCCUGCCUGCAGCCCUGCGCCUGGGAGCGGAGCUGGUGCAUCGCGUGCCCGACGUCGUGGAAGUUGGUCUCCCGCUCAUCAUGCUGCAGCAGGGAGGGCAGGUUGGGCGUAGGCUUGGUGAAGUUGGCCACCAUGGCCACGAUGGCGAUCUGGCAGCUCCCAUCGUGCUGUAGGCAGCCCGGCUGCAGGCCGAAGCAGGCCGCGUGCCCGGACUUCCCCACCCUGUGGAGGGACGUGGAUGGGGCCCCGCUUCCACAGAGGAGCCCCGGCCCACGGCCGACAGGUUCCCCCACGCACGCACCGAGGAUAGAGGUCAGGUAGAACUUGCCGAUGGAUGACCUUGCCCGAGGCCGCGUCCCAGACCGUUUAGAGCCUCACGUCUUCGUGACACAUGCUGGUGCCCUCCUCCAGGUCGAAGGUCAGCCCCAGCAGCUCCUGGGAGAUGCCCAGCAGCCCGCGUGUGAGCGCCUGCAUGGGGAAAGCCUCAUUGAGCAGCACGGAGUCGGCAUGCGUGCGGAACCCCAGCAGGCGGGACUUCAGGGCCUGCAGCCUCACCAGCUCCCUGAGGAUCACGCAGUUCUCCUGGAACCCAGAGACGGAAGGCGCUGGGGACCGAGGGCCACGCCCUCCCCGCGGGCCCCGGGCCAGGUCCUUUUGGAACCGGAAACGGCAUGAACGUGAUGGGCUCUAAGGCCAAGGGCAGGAAGAAAUGCGGCCAGUCUUUCCAGGAGCCACCAAGGGGCCUCCCCGGGCUCAACAAGACAAACACGGCUGCCGUGCAGACAGUAGCUCAACCCCACGGCACCCGAACACCCAGCCCCUGGACGGUGAGACACCUGUUGCUGCAGGUGGCCCGUGGCUCACUGAUGAGGCCCGGCCCCAGGCGUACGCCACCUUCUCUGGGGCCACCUCUCCGGUCUGCAGUGGGGUUCUCCUGGGAGCCCCCAGUCACCACAGGACCAGCGUGGCCUGUCUGUAGCCCAAGAAGGUGGGGACACAAGACUGUUCCCCGUGCCCCCCGCAUCACCCGCGAGGCCGAGCGAGCACCAGUGGUGUCUUCGGGGAAGAUGAAGGGCUCACGCACAGCCCCCAUCUACAGAAGCACAGACUGCAGCCACAUGCGCUAUGGAACGAACACAAGUGUCCAUGCAGGACCCGACGUCUGAAUGUCAAGGCCAUGCCCGGGCCACAGUGAGAAGGUGCAUCCCCCAUGCAAGCCACAGAGAGGGGAUGGGGGGUCCAUCUGCGAUUCUGAGCUCAUCGGGUAUCACCCCAGAGGGAGAGGGAGAGGGCGAGAGGUAGACAGAAGUACAGAGGGAGAGAAAGAGAGAGGGAGGGAGAGAUGUCUCUCCCUUCCCUGGGGGUUCUCUAGUGCAGCCAAGGCUGAAAACCACUGCAUUUUGGGAGAUGGGUCCUCGUGGAAGAGUUAAAUAGUAGCUCAUGGCAUUAUCGACACAUACUAAAAAGGCCCCAAAUCUUGGGGAGUCAGGGAGGGGAGUGUCGGCUGCCUCGUAAAUGAGGAGAGAUUGGGCAUCAGGGGAGGUGCCUGUGCAGCCUGCGCCCAGGGCCCCGCAGACUUCAUCUCCCAGUGGUGGUCCUGGGCUGGAAGUCAGCGGGGAGGUCAGGCUGUCCAAGCAUCAACGUUGACUUCAGGGCUGAUCUAAAAGGCGCCUGGUGUUUGUUGAAGCAGAAAAAAGAGAAAGCAGUAGGGAGAGGAUGGGAGUGGGAGGGGGAGGGAGCCCCCCUCCUCAGCACUUCUACCCCUCUCCCUCUCUCUCUCUCCCUUUCUCCCUCUCUCCCUCUACCUCGCUGCCUCUCCCUCUCCCUCUCCCUCCAUCUCUCCCCCUGCCUCUCUCCCUCCCUCUCUCCCUGUCUCUCUUUCCCUGUCCCUCUCUCUCUCUCCCUCUUUCCUUCCCCCUCUCCCUCUCCCCCUUUCCCUCUCCCUCUCCCCCUCUCCCUCUCUCCCUUCCUCUCUCCCUGUCCCUGUUUCCCUGUUCCGCACGCUCUGGCUCUACCUCUUUCCCUCUCCCUCUCCCUCCACCUCCUUCCCUCUCUGGAGAGGGAAGGAGGUGGAGGGAGAGGGAGAGAGAGAUGGAGAGGGAGGGGGAGAGGGAGAGAGAGAUGGAGAGGGAGGGGGGAGAGGGAGAGAGAAGGGGGAGAGGGAGAGAGUGAUAGAGGGAGGGAGCGAAAGAUGUCUCUCCCUCCCUCCCUCUCUCCCUCCCUCUCUCCCUCUCCCUCCCUCCUUCUCCUCCCUCUCCCUCUCGCUCUAACUCUCCUUCUCCCUCCGUCUCUCCAUCUCCCUCACUCCCUCCCAGAGAGGCAGAGAUAAGGCAGAGGGAGAGAGGGAGAGGGAGAGAUGGAGAGAGAGGGAGAGGGAGGGAGAGGGAGGGAGAGGGAGAGAGAGAGAGGGAGAGAGAAAGAGGUCUCUUCCUCCCUCUCUCUCCCUGUCUCCCUCUCCCUCUCUCUCUCCCUGUCCCUGUUUCCCUGUUCCGGUCUCCCUCUCCCUUUGUCCCUCUCCCUUGUCUCUGCCUCUCCCUCCAUCUCUCCCUCUCUGAGAGGGAGUGAGGGCGAGGGAGAGAUGGAGGGAGAGGGAGUGACAGAGGGAGGAAGAGGGAGAGAGGAAGGGAAAGGGCGAGGGAAGGAGAAGGGGAGACGGAGGGAGGGUGAGAGGGAGAGUCGGAGGAGAGAGGGAGAGGAGGGAGGUAAGAAGAGACCAUUUUCCCUCUCCUGCUCUCCCUCUCUCUCUCUCUCUCUCUCUCUCCCUCUCUCUCUCUCUCCCUCUGUCCCUCUGUCCCUCUCUCCCUCUCCCUCUCCCUCUCUCCCUCUCCCUUAUAUCUGCCUCUCCCUCCAUCUCUCCCUAUGUGGGAAGGAGUGAGGGAGAUGGAGACAUGGAGGGAGAGGGAGAGUUGGUGGAAGAGGGAGAGGGAGGAGAAGGAGAGAGGGAGGGAGAGAGGGAGAGACGUCUUCGCUCCCUCCCUCUAUCCCUCUCUCCCUUCCUCUCCCCCCUCCCUCUCCUGCUCUCCCUCUCCCUCCACCUCCUUCCGUCUCUGGAGAGGGAAGGAGGUGGAGGGAGAGGGAGAGGGAAAGAGGGAGAGGGAGAGCGGAACAGGGAAACAGGGACAGGGAGAGAGGGAGGGAGAAGGAGAGAAGGAGGACAGAGGGAGAGGGAGGGAGGAAGAGACCUCUUUCCCUCUCCCUCUCCCCCCCCUCUCUCCCUCUCCUCUCCAUAUCUCUCUCCCUCUCUUCCUCUCCCUCCCUCUCCCUCCAUCUCUCCCUCUCCCUCUCUCCCUCUCCCUUGUCUCUGCCUCUCCAUCUCUCCCUCUCUGGGAGGGAGUGAGGGAGCGGGAGAGUUGGAGGGAGCGGGAGAGUUGGAGGGAGAGGGAGAGGGAGAGGGAGAGGGAGAGGGAGGAGAAGGAGGGAGGGAGAGGGAGAGGGAGGGAGAGAGGGAGAGAGGGAGAGAGGGAGAGAGGGAGGGAGGGAGGGAAGGAGAGACGUCUUUCGCUCCCUCCCUCUAUCCCUCUCUCCCUCUCCCCCCUCUCUCUCCCUCUCCCCCGCCUCCUGCUCUCUCUCCCUGUCCCUCCACCUCUUUCCCUCUCCAGAGAGGGAAGGAGGUGGAGGGACAGGGAGAGGGAAAGAGGUAGAGGGAGGGCGUGCGGAACAGGGAAACAGGGACAGGGAGAGAGGAAGGGAGAGAGGGACAGGCAAGAGGGACGGGGGAGGCGGGAAGAGGGAGGGGGAGGCAGGAGAGAGACGGGGGAGAGGGAGGGGGCGAGGGACGAGAGGAAGCAGGGAGAAAAGAGAGAAAGAACACACCAUCUACAUUUCUGUCAAAUGACACCGGGGAUCCUUACACAACCAGGAGAAAAUAACACAGCGAGGCUCUUUCUCAGCUGGAACUGGAACUGCAGAUGGGGCCAAACACCACCAGGGUGGCCACACAUGUCCAGCUGCCGCCCCAGCCCCCUGAGUCUGGUCACCAGGGCUCUUAGUGUUUGCUCCAGGGACCUGGGGUUCACCCUGUCACCCUGGAGGUCGGGCCUAGACAGCAGGGCCCCGGGCUGGACACACAGAGGGAAAAGCAUCCCCACAGGACAGUUUGUGCGAGCCGAUUCAGCUGCGAGAUUCUAGAGGCCCGGGAUCACCCUGUGGCCCAUGAAACCCAGGAGCCAGGAGGGUCUUGCAUCAGGAUUCCUGUCCGUUGGACUGUAACGUUUAUGUAAGGAAUCUUGGAAACAGUGGUAACAAGACUGAAUUCGAACGAGCUUUAGGAUAUUAUGGACCACUCCGAAGUGUGUGGGUUGCUAAAAACCCUCCCGGCUUCGCCCUUGUUGAAAAUGAAGAUCCCCGAGAUGCAGCGGAUGCUGUCUGAGAACUAGACGGGAGAACGCUCUGUGGCUGCCGAGUAAGAGUGGACCUGUCGAAUGGGGAAAGGAGAAGUCGAAAUCAUGGCCGCCUCCUUCUUGGGGUCGUCGCCCUCGAGAUGAUCAUUGGAGGAGGAGUCCUCCCCCUCACCACAGAUCUCCAAGACGGAGAAGCUUCUCCCGCAGCCGGAGCAGGUCCCUUUAGUAGAUAUAGGAGAAGAGAGAGAUCACUGUCCCAGGAGAGAAAUCGCAAGCCGUCCCCAUCUUUCUCUAGGUCUCCUAGCCGAUCCAGGUCAAAUGAAAGGAAAUAGCAGACCACUUUGCAAGAGGAGUGGUGCACAGGAAAUAACUUCAUUUGACAGGAGUAUGUACAGAAAAUUCAAGUUUCGUUUGAGACUUCCGAAGCUUGAUGCACUUUUUAAAUGUUUUAGCUGUUCACAUUUGUUUGUCUCUUGGGACAGUGACACAUAAAGGUGUCAUUCUCUAUGGUUUGAAAUGGGUCAUAUGAGGCAUGUAAUAUGAAGAAUUGUUUCUUUACAAUGUUCUCUUAAGCAAAAUUGAAUUUGCUUUGAAUUUUUGGUCUUGCCUAGACUGAUAAUAAAACUCUAACUCCUGCCCA